AUUAAGGAGUCUGUUUUAUCAACACAAUUGAAGUUAUCGUUGUUCACGCUAGAAUGCGUAAUCGUCAUCAACAACGUACAAUUCAAAAACGUCAAAAUUUUCGUAAAAACCCCGUUUAAAAGUUUUAAAUGAUCGAAAAGGGAUAUUUCAAAAUUGUAUCGGUGAGUUAUCGCGGCUAAAUUUAUCGAAAAACGCGUCGUUCGAAUAGUAUGCGGUAAUAAAAUUUUCGUGCGCGAACUUAACCUAAAAAAAAGACGUUUACAAACAUGGACAAGACGAAGCGCGGCGGGAAACAAAGGACAGUGACUUCCAAGGGGAGCAAGACGAAGGUCGACGUUCACAAACACUUCGAUCCGGUGUUGAGGAGUAGAUCCAGAAAAUCAUUGAUGUUAGACGACUUUCCAGAAUUGAUUUUGGAUUAUAAGACUUCGGGAAAAAGUACUGUUAGUACAACACAAAAAGGAUUAAAAAAGUCCAUUUCGCCAUCUAAUUACUAUAAAAUCGAAAUCGAUACGGCUAAAAGAGGAGUUUCUUUAGAUAGGAAAUCGUAUAAAACGCCUUCAACAUCCUCCACUUCAUCAUAUUCCCUUUCUAACAAAUACAAUAAUUACAAUGAAAAAGCCACAAAAAAUAAAUCGAACAUAAAGGGGUCACAACAGAAACCGAUUUCGAAAGGAACGGGACCUAAACCAAUGAUGACCUCGUCAAACGCAAAUAAUAAAAUUCCAAAUCUUCAAAAUAAAAAUAACGAAAUUAAAAAUAAACCAAACAAUAUCAAUAUAAAAUUAUCUUACUCCUCUCCAAAAUCUGUUUCUCCCAAACCACCCAAUUCACCUCAUAAAUCUUGCUCCCCUUAUACUAGUCAAGAUCUCUUUGCUUAUUCGAAAGACCCCACUGUUGAAAGGCUAAAAGAUGAAAUUAUAACUUCCGCGAAAAUUUGUAACUGCGAAGUCCGCCAAACUGUCAGCGAACUUAAAGAGGAAAUCGCUAAGUAUCGGAAAACGUUGCAUAAAAACGUUAAUUUUUUACAUAAUAGAAAUAAAGUGAAUGAUAAGUGCAAAGAAUGUAGCGUACAAACUGAAAUUUCCCCUCAACAACGUAAGAAUAAACUUAUAGGAGAUGAUGAUAAAUUUCAAGAUUUGGUUUCAAGAAUAGCUGAUUUAAUUGGCAAUGAAAAUGAAACGAACUCCCGUCCACCGCGUAAUAUGGCCUCUGCGUCCACGGAAACCGAUCGACCAAUAAGGGUUGAUCAGCAAACCCAAAUGAACGAGAAAAAAAUUGAGCAAUCCGAGCAACAAACCGAAACAGCAGGAUUGAAAACGCAAGAUCAGUCGGUCGAUAAUCCAAAAAAAUCGUUAGAUUUACUCCUUGUUGAUAAAUCUAUGGAAUUUGAUUACUUGGACCAACAAAAAGAAAAUUUAUCGAAAGUUGACGAACUUAUCGACAAAGCGGAACAAUCAUUAAAAGCUUUAAAAAAUGAAUUUUAUCAAAACACCGAUUUAGCUCCGCCACCUAGUCCUCAAUUAGCUGCGCGAUGUUGUAUCGAUGAGAUCCUCGAACAACCUUUAAUUCAAUUUUCAUGCUCAAGUAUUGAAAAAUCGGAAUGUUCAUCUCAAUUAAAUUUACCCGAAAAGGUUACACCGAAAGUUUUGUUAGAUUGUGGCACAUCUAUGAGUAACGAAAAAGUUGUGUCAAAAGAUCAAAUGGUGCAAUGUUGCCCUCUUCCAGUGAUGGUUAACGCCGAAGUUAACACUGAUCCACAAAGACCAGAAAAAGAUUAUAUCAGAAAAGCAGAAGAUGCAGGAAUUUUAUUUCUAUCGAAUCAAUCAAAAUCGUUAGAUUGCAGCGAAUACGAUAUUUUGCCAAAAGAUGAGGAUAAUUUUUGUGGUUUAAUCAAAUCAAUUGGAAAUCAAACUGACACUGAUUGCAACACCGAAUCAGAUUGUACUUGUCCUUUAAAUUCCGAACUGAAAGAAUUAGAAGAAGAUAAAUCAUUAGACGAUAUAAGCGAAAACUUCAACGAUUUUCAUUUAAAUACGAUUUCAGAACGAACGGAAAUCGAGGAAUCCGAAAAAAUCAUUCAUAACGUAGUUAACAAAAAAGAAUCAAAAUUAAAAGUGCAAAAUAUGCCAAAAAUCGAUAUUAGACCAUCUUUAACGAUGCAAACGUUAUGUAAAAUUAAUAUUAAACCAAGCGGUAGUUUUGAAUUAAAUACGCCUAAAAAUACAAACGUAGGAUAUCAGGAGGUAAAACAUAACACCAUAAAAGAUAUCGCUAAAAGCAAUAAACAAUCGGGAAGAAGUGAUACCCCGAAUUUAUCGUUAUCUCAAACAGUUACGAUGCAUCUUAAUCAAGAAAUAAACGGAAAAAAUAAAAGUUCUGAUCGAACUAGUCCUUCGAAAUCUAAAAACGUCACACCUUGUCGAUCUAGAUCUCCAAGUCCUUUGAAAUGUAAAGUUUCAACGAAUCCUUCCUCACCAAGUUGCUCAAAAACAAAUUCAACAAAUUCAUGUAAAAAUCAAAUUCUUUCUGCUUCACCUUGCAGAUCGAGAUCAUCAAGUCCAUUAAAAUGCGAAAAUAAAAUAACUUAUCUUAACGAGUUUUUUACUCACACUCCAGAUGAUUCGGAUAACGAAUUCGUUUCUAGCAUUUCAAUGAAACCGGGUAAUUCGAGACAAUCUUGUAUUUGUGGCCUAAUACCGAAUGAUAUUGUUCGAAAUACAUCGGAGGAUUCCUCAGCGUCAAAAUCAAAAAGUAUGCCCAUAAAACAAGAUGAACCGGUUGAAAUAGCAAAAGGGUCAAAUUCAGAAACGAAAUCGAGAAAUUCUAAUUUUAUCCCACCACCAAUUGUAAAAGAAAUUAAUCAAAAACUUUAUUUAAAAGAGGAUCAAAAUUUAAUAGAUACAAAAACAUCCGUUGAUGAAUCAUUAAAAACUUCAAUUAGAAAACGUAGUACAUCCAGUGAUGAAGGUACGAAGAAAAAAUUGAGUUUCGAAGAAGAUCUUUUAAAGUUGCUUGAACCGUUGACAAUUUUAGAUCAAAAAAUUAGAUCACCCGAAACAACUCAUAUAAAUUUAGAUGAGGAACUUUUAAAAUUAAAAUUAAAAUCAAAAAUCGAUGCUGAAGAACGUAACAUUUUAGUUUCCACAACAACUCAAACUGACGAUAUAAUCGAUAAAAAUGUUUCAACUCCUAAAGAUGAUUUAACGAAUACUUUAAAUAACGAAUUAUCACCGAAUAAAAGUGAAGAAUCAACCGAAAGUGAAUACGUUUUAGGCCGUGAUGUUGCCACUCAAGUAUCACAAGAAGAUUCCAUAAAAACAAUUAAAUUAAACGAAAUUAAACAUUCACCACAAAUUUUACCUCAAUUAAAAACAAAAAAACCAAACACGAUUAAUAAUGAAAUAAAAGAAAGAUAUUACCUUGAAAAUGAUACCCCAUGUUGUAUCAAUAAACCACUACCAAAAUUACACAAAUCUAAACCUUACCAUAAUCAAAAUUCAUCAAAAAUAGUUCCUUCUGGUGAUUCUUUAACUUUACCUCAAAAUCAUUAUUCGAAAUGGUUUGAGGAAAAUGGUUGUAAAGCAACAUUAGAACGAACAACUUCACAAAUCCCGCGUGAUUGUAAUCAAAAAGGAUUUAAAUCAAUCCCCGCUUGUAAUUCGGCGAUAUUAUCACAACAACAUCAUUCAGAUUGGGUGGAAGAAAAAGGUUACAAAACGGCGUCAGAACGAACGAUGUCAUCGAAUACGAAUACGUGUAAUCGGAGGCUUAAAAAAUCACCUAAAUUAACCACUGAUUCUUCUUGUACGAUAAGUGAUGAUCGAUCACUUCUUGAAGAAAGCGUUUCCGAUGGUGAAAUAAGAUGUAAAUGUAGUGUUAGUAUCGGUGAAUUACAUUUGUGCCGAUACGCUAAUGAUAUUAAAUCGAAAUGUAUUUAUAAAAAGUAUCCCGAGAGGAUUGUUAAACCGCAAAGUAUUGUUAAUGAAACAGUUUUUUAUGAUAAUUGGAUUGCUUAUUAUACUUCAUCGUCAGGUAGUAGCGGAGAAGAACCUGGCUGUUAUUCAAGAAAAAAUAAUGUUUAAGUGUUAUUUUUGUUUAAUUAAUA